AUGAGUGCCAAAGCAUGUGUCAUCGCCUUUGCCAUUUUCACCUAUCUGGUCCCUUUCGGUAUUCGAUUGUGUUCCACUUCAAAGUUCAAUGGCUAUACUGCUCUUCUUCAGCAAGUGUUACCUGCAAUCACCGAGGCAGCGACAAUUGAUGGCUUCCAGGCCUGCAUACUUUUGAUGUUGACGCAAUUCUUCACUGGAAAGUUGAAAUCAGCUGCAGUCACAAACUCAAUAGCAGCGCAUUUUGUCUUCUAUCUGAGAGCUCAUAACGAUUGGGCGACGGAGUCUUUCAUCGAGAGGCAACCAAAUAUAUUAGAACAUACCAGAACACACCUGCGGAAUCUAUUCUGGGCUUGCUAUACGAUCGAUAAAGACCUCUGCUUUCGCGUUCUCCAACCGCCUGCUCUCGGGGAUAAUUACUGUGAUCUCAAUCUUUCGUUACAAUACUUGGACAAAAUCUCGAAGGAUUUUGCCAUGGACCUUCCAUUCGAACGAUUCCAUCCAUCGAUCAUGUUCCCCGCCGAUAUUAAACUAAGCCAGAUCAAAUCCCGAGCAUAUGAGUGUCUACACUCAAUAGCUGCCUUUAAGAAACCUAAUACGGAGCUUCUCAUGGAUAUCCGGAACCUUGACAAUUCUUUGGAGACAUGGCGCUUGGCUGUUCCUGAGAAAUACCGCCCGAGUCUUUCGUUUUCCUAUGAUAUCGAAGUGGACCCAGGAAGUACUGACUUGCGCAGUCUAAUACUUCGACUUGAUUAUCUUUACUGUGUGACAGUCAUCCAUCGUGUUAGCAACAGAUGUCUUGGAACCGCUAUGAGCGUUGAUGGCAUGGAAACUGUCAUUGCCACUAGCAUUGCCCUGGCGGUCGAGGCUAGUCGUUCCACCUUGAGAUAUUUGCAGACUGCUCAUCACAUUCUCAACGAAGGGAGUUACUGGGUGAUCGUUUUUUAUGCCCUCGCCGCGUCCGUUACUAUAACAUGCAACAUCCUCGAUAAUCCUGCUCUCCCAUCUGCUGUCCAUGAUCAUGAGCUUCUGAUGAAGGUUCCAAGGCUCAUGUCUCAUAUGUCGAUGCACAAUCUCGAGUCUGAAGAGCGUCUUCAUAGAAGUCAGUUAGAAUCAUUUGUAAUGGAACUGCUCCAUGCUGCAGAGCGUGCCACAUCGAGCAUGAGAAAUGAAACGCCAUCUACACCCUCAUCGCCAGGCUCUGACCAUAUUGACAUUGAUCAAGAAGAUUAG